AUUUUAGUGUAUUUAAAUUAAUACGUAAACCCAUCUUUGCUGAGUGGUAAACAGAUAUUUUUGGGAAAAGAUUCUUGCACAUUAAGAACAUAAUCAAGGAGCCAUAAGCUAUCAAGCGCACUAGCACAUUAAUGACCUUUUAAAUGUAAAACCCUUUGUGGCCUUGUAGGUUUCAGAGCUGGUCCUGCGAUUUAUGCCGCUGUCCCUGGUCCCACUUUAGAUUAUGCCCCCCAUUGUGCCACAUGAAUGGUAUAACCUUUGAGCUAUUUACCUAGAAAACAGGAUAACAUUGACAUUUCUUUUUGGGGGUACUGUCUUUCAGCAUUCAUACAAGUAGCCGUCUUUAUCAUGUUCCACCACAGUGCCGAAAUUGGCCAACGUUUACAACUAUCCUGUUCUCAUCCUACUUGAGAAUGGAGAGCGUGAUGGAGAGGCGUAUCGACAGUCGAGAGCGCGCAGCCUCUGCCCAUGUGGUCUUAAUGCGCGCCCCCGAGAUUGUACCUGAUCACCGCAUAGGAUUGAGCCGCCGAUAUCACUACUUUCCCCUGUAAAUCUGACCUCUGAUCGGGCAGAACCCCAGCUCUAUCUGUGUUCCCCGGUGAGGAUGAUGGACGGAGACGCAGCGGAGCACAAGACUGAGCAGAGGGCGGACUUAAGUGCCUUUUUGCCAGACUACAGGAGUCUCACCCGGCUGUACUGCAUGAAUGGCGGACAUCACCUCCAGCUCCUCCCCGAUGGGACAGUGCAGGGCCAGAGGGACGAUGGGGACGUACACACCUUUUUGAAGCUUAAAGCUGUGGACAUUGGUGUUGUGGUCAUAUUUGGGAAGGAAGCUGGAAUGUACCUUGCCAUGAACAGCGAGGGUCGUUUGUACAGCUGUCCAACAGUAAGUGAGGAAUGUCAUUUCCUGGAGAAGCUAGAAGAAAACCAUUACAACACAUAUCAGUCCAAAAAAUUUAAAGAGAUGAAUUGGUAUGUGGGUUUGAAAAAGAACGGAAAACCUAAAUUGGGCCCAAGAACCCACAUAGGACAGAAAGCCAUCUUCUUUCUCCCCAGACAAGUGCACGAUUCAGAGACCUGAUCUGACCUGAUCUAACCCUCAACAAUCAAAAAUGAAUGUAAAGUAUAACACAUUACCACCAAAGCAAUGUGAAGAUCUAUAACUGAAGAUUGUGUCUGUACUACUAACCCACUAACAAAAAGUAGAACUCUUGUUAAUACCACUUGUUAUGAACUUACCUCACUAUAGAAGUAGGGCCAUAUGCCAUUUCUCUUGGGACAUGUCCAAAGCAUUUGGCUCAAGGUUCAUAUUCAGGUCUCUAUGGCAGAGCCCUGACAGAGACCAGAUAUCCAAAUUUGAGCUUAGUUAUUAAAAACAAAUAGCUAUUGACAGUAGAACUCAGAGGUAUCUUUGAGAUUUGUGGCAAAGGGUUAUUAGGGUAAAGGGCUUCCUGACUGGACAUGUCCCCUCAGAUUUUGAGGUACAAGAGAACCAACCCAAGAUAUUCCUAGAUAAGAUUAUAAGAUUGGUCAGAUGCAUAGAUGUGGAAACACAAUUCCUUCAAAUUGGUACAAAGGUUAU